AUGGACAUCGCGAGCUUGGCCGGUGAACCCCUGGCGAAGGUCGCAGAUCCGUUGAAUGCGGGCACAGUGGAAGGUGCGCUCACGGGCCUGCUGAAGGCAGGCAGCGAGGCCACGAACAACACUGCCGUGGCUGGGACCAUUUUGGAUAUAGUCAACGUGAGCAUGAAGGAAAAGCUCUACGCCGCGCACAAUGAGAGCUUGAAGAAGAUCGAGGAGGCGAGCCAGCAGUUCAACGACUGCCUCACCACGUACAAGGCUGCCGACGAGGUGCGCUUUCCGCCCACCUCGUUGCUCCAGACCAACGGCAGCAACGGCUCCGCCUGGUAUGAGGAAUACUUCGAGGCUUACUCCUGGUGCAAGUCCUACGAGGCCAACCUCUCCGUCCAAACCCAAGACUGCGAGUAUUAUUGCCUGAAAGAGACGCAGACCAUCGACCAGCAGUGUGUGGCCUUGGAUGAGGAGAGUGCAACCAGCUGGACUGCACACCCGUUUCCCACGAGGGCUACAGGGCCUUCCUUGAACGCGUGGUGGCAAACAUCGAGAAGCACAUGGGCCUCAACUCGGACUGGAACUUCAAUGUGUCGCACAAGUGCAAAGACAUCAAAGGCGAGGUGGAGACUUGCUACAAGAACUGCGACGACAUUGUGGAGGUGGUCAAGCCAAAGACCGAGGAAGCCCACGCUGGGUGCUGCGCGCCCCGGGCCACUGCUGAGAGCGCCAAGUGCAACGAGCUGA